AUGUUUAACUCGAUCGCAGCGGCGACUUCGGCUGUGAAGGUAGCAGCAGGCUUAUUGAGCGGAGAUGCAAGUGGGCAAGGAGGCGGAGAGGGUAUUCAGUCGCAAGGGAUCACGGGGACACAGGAGGAGCUGGAACCGACGGCGCCAGCGGAGGAAGAACAGACCAACGGAGGAGCAGAAGACAAACCGACCCCAGCCCCCCCAAAGAAAAAGAAGAAAGUCACCCGGGGAAUCCUGUAG